GGCAGGCAGGGCAGCAUGCCUGAAAGCGGAUCUCCACGAGGGCGUGGCUCCAAAAUGCUGGCAUAUAAAAAUCCGGAGAGCCAGCACCAUCUGGAGACCAGCGCUCAGCAAGCCACUCAGCUCCUGGGCCUCGGAAGUGGUAAGCCCCCUGAGGCAGGAGGAGCCUUCAGAGGGCCUGGGGACUGCAGAUGGGGUCCUGCGGGCCGAGAUGGGGCAGAUGGAGGGAGGCAGAUGUUUGUGCUCCAGAUGGUAGGAGAAAUGCUAGGGGAAGGUCACCGCAGUGGGCUGACAUACAAGUCACAUGCAGAGACAGCUGCUCCACUCACACCCAUCCGGAGAGGCACUCACAGGCAGACACACACAGCCCCAAAGGCAGGUACAGGGAAAAGACAGCCCCGCUCACAGGCUGGCUCGCCUGUCAGUUAGGCCAGCCUAGCCCCGGCUCAUUCUGGAAGCAUGCGGUGUUUAAAGAACUCACCCUCCCACCUGCACACCAUCUAGAGACAUCUGUACCCACUGUGUUUCAGAUGCCCAUGGCGUCCCCCCAAGCCCUGCUCCUUGGCCUGCUGGUCCUGGCGGUCACUGAAGGCUGGGGUCGGCAGGCAGCCAUCCCAGGCUGCCACUUGCACCCCUUCAACGUGACCGUGAGAAGUGACCACCAAGGCACCUGCCAGGGCUCCCAUGUGGCACAGGCUUGUGUGGGCCACUGCGAAUCCAGCGCCUUCCCUUCCCGGUACUCGGUGCUGGUGGCCAGUGGCUAUCGACACAAUGUCACCUCUGUCUCUCAGUGCUGCACCAUCACCAGCCUGAGGAAGGUGAAGGUGCAGCUGCAGUGUGGGGGGGACCAGAGGGAGGAGCUGGAGAUCUUCACAGCCAGGGCCUGCCAGUGUGACAUGUGUCGCCUCUCCCGCUACUAGUCCAUCCUUUCCCCGCCCCCUUUCCCUUGGUCAGAGGGUUGGAGAAGAGGCAA